AUGUCCCUCCGGAGUUUCUGCCUUCGCAUAUUCCAGCACUGCCCCCUGCUCGCUCCCUUCUCCGCCGAGAACCACAUGCGCGCCUUCGAAGAGUUCAUGCAAUACAAGACAAGAGUCCCAGUCAGGGGUGCCAUCCUACUGAACGAGGCGAUGGAUUCGACGGUGCUCGUCAAGGGCUGGAAGAAGGGCGCAAAUUGGAGCUUCCCCAGAGGCAAAAUAAACAAGGACGAAGACGACCUCGACUGUGCCGUCCGUGAGGUGUACGAGGAGACCGGCUUCGAUAUUAAGCAAGCCGGCCUAGUACCAAGAGAGGACGAGGUCAAGUAUAUUCAGAUCUCUAUGAGGGAGCAACAGAUCCGCCUCUAUGUUUUCCGCAACGUCCCUAUGGAUACCGUCUUUGAGCCGAAGACGCGGAAAGAAAUCAGCAGGGUUGAGUGGUAUAAGUUGUCGGAGCUGCCCGCUUUCCGAAAAAAGGGAAACAAUUCUCACGAUGACGCUGCCGCCGCGUCCAAUGCGAACAAGUUCUACAUGGUCGCCCCAUUUCUGGUGCCCCUGAAGAAAUGGGUGGUUCAGCAGAAGAAAAAGGACGGUACGCGCGUGGCUGCCCCUCACCUAGCCACCCACCAUCAGACCGAAGAACCUCUCACCGAAGACGACAUCGGUGCUCAUCUCGAACCUGUACCUGCGUCUUCGAAUGGCGCGCCCGCGAUCGAGACAAUGGAAGGUGCUACGCGCGAACUCCAGCGCCUCCUUAAUGUUCAACAACCGACCCAGGGUGUGCAGAUGAGUCCGUCGGCUUCGAGCGCUGACAAGGGGGGAGCUCUGAUGGCGCUUCUGCAAAAGAGCGCAGAGAUGCAGCCACAGCAAAACCCGCAGCAAGCGCCCCAACCUGAGGGCCAAAUCCCACAUGCACCAUCGGAUCUCACCUACACGAAUGCCCCCGAUCCGAACGCCCCCCACCACCAUCCAACGCAGAGGGAACCAGCUUUGAAUUACCAGCAACCGCCGAACUUCCCCAUCCCACCAACCUCCAUCCAGAGCGCGGCUGCCGGGUAUUACACCCAAGGCCAAGCACCUGCUCAGGUGAUGCCCCAAAUCUACGGUCGCAACCCGUUCGUGAACCCAGCACAGCAGCAGCGCAACGAGCCGGUCCUUCUCCAUCCGCAACCACUACCGCCGCAAGUGCAGCAGUCCAUUCUCACUAGGGGUAUUCUGCCGACUCCGGCGCUUCUAGAAGCGGUCGGUCAAGGCCGGCAACCUGCUCAACAGGAUGGCCAACAGAUUCACUACGGCGGCCCGCAUACUCAGCCAGCUGGCCAAAAUUCUCAGCAAGGCGGCCCUCAUCUUCAUUUAGGCGGUCCGCAUAUUCAGCAUGGUGGAUUGAAUUCGUUCACUUCUCGUCCGAAUGAUACCUACGCGCCUCAGCAGCAUGCUGCGAAGCCGGCUCAGCUGACGGGCCAUGCAAUGACGCUGCUGAGCGCUUUCAAGAACAGCAGUCCUCGAGAAAAUAUUGAAAACAAAUCCCGCGAGAAUUCGCCACAUGACAGUGCGUUUGCACCAACAAACAAUCAGCACCAGUAUCAGCCAGCGCCUUGGGCAAAUGUGCCGAUCACGCAGGCACCAAAUCCCGCCGCGCAAUAUCUACCUCAGCACAUGGCACCCGCUGGGCCGAUGAGGACUUCGCCCCGCGCAAUGCAACCCUCGGAACCCCAGCCCGGACCCAAACCUUCCCAGCCAGCCGACACACAUCGGACGGCACUAUUGGAUAUGUUCAAGAAGGGUAGCCCGAGGUCGCCCUUGAGCAAUGAGAUUAGGAUGCAACCUAGCAAGACACAACAGAGCCCAGGGUUUGCAAGGAAGGACGAGCCAGCCAGCCCUUCCUACAAGGCACCAUCGGCAGCCGAGGUGAUUGCGCAGGCUUCCGAGGCCAACGGUGGGCCCGUGAGAAUGAAUCCCGAGCUCAACCUGCCAUACAGGGCCGUCCAGAUUCUGAGUCGCCCGAAGCAGGGCGAGCAGGGCAAGUCGCAAGAAUACACAAGCACAAUGGCCCAAAUGCAGCGUCUUCAGCAGCGCUUCAGCCCGCACGACUCAUCUCGGCAGGAUGCGAGAAAUGCAGCCCGGCAAGGCCUCCCCUCCCCGAGAGACCGUGGCUUCUUGCAGCAAGCGGAACAUGAAGCCAAGCGGUCCCCCCAGCCCAACUAUGCGGCUGCCCAUGCUGCCAGCCUCCCGUAUGCGCAACAGCCCCUGUCCAGCCCGCAUUCCAGCCCCUCGUUUCAGCAGCAACUGCACCAACAGCCCCCGGCGGUGGACCAGCGUCGCAAUGACUCGAAUUCGGAACAAAAGCAGAAACUGCUCUCGCUCUUUAGCAAAGAGCAACAGCACCAACAACAGCGGCCGCAGCGUGAUUCCCCGGCCAGCACCACAGCCGAAGAGAAGGGCAAAGGGAAAGAGCCCGCAGGCACCGGCAGCACGCCCCGGUCGCGCGUGGCGUCGUUUGCCUCGGCCGGCGGCAACGAGCCCGCCAUCACCGGCGCCGGCAGCUCGGCGACGUCGCGCCGCGGGAGCCAGACGCCCAUCUCGCCGGCGGACCGGAACUUCCUCUUGUCCUACCUGGAGUCGGUGACGGGCGUGGGCCGGUAA